GAUGUGCAACAGGCAUUAAGUGUCAAAAGUGCAAGCAACGCGAACAAACCUAAUGUAGUGACAACGAGGAAAUCUACAAACGUAGCUUUCGUCGUUACGAACUAUUUUUCUUUUCAUAAAUAUUCUAUGUAUUUUACAUUCCACGUUAUCAGGAAGAUUGUCGUAGCUAAGUUCUGUACGUUCGAUUACCAAUAGCUGAUUUUGCGUCGUUGAAGACGUGGAGUGUCAGAGGAAUAAAUGUUGAGACGCUUAUACGGCGUGGGCUUAUCCUGCAGCCACUCUUACUCGCGUGGAUACAUUAGGCGCCUUGAAACGACACGCGCAAUGACCGACACCGCGGGCGAUAAGGUCGGCAUGCCCCUUAAGGAGAUCGUGGACGCGUUGAGCAAGUUUGCGGAUACGUCGCUCGCCGCAUCCUGGGACAACGUCGGAUUACUGGUCGAACCGACGCAGCCAAAGGUCGUAUCGUGUAUCUUACUAACGAACGACUUGACCGAGGACGUGAUGGAGGAGGCCGUUCAGCUCAACACCGACCUGAUCGUCACGUAUCACCCGCUGAUAUUCGCCCCGUUGAAGUCCAUCACGACGCAAUCUUGGAAGGAGCGAGUGGUGGCGAGAUGUCUGGAGAACAAGAUCGCCGUGUACUCGCCGCACACCAGCUUCGACUCGGUGCGAGGCGGCGUGAACGACUGGCUGGCGGAAGCCUUCGAGCUCGAGGGCAGCGAACCGAUUCAACCGGACGCGAGUAAUUCGGCCUACGGCGUCGGGCGAUUGUGCACCUUGAAGAGGCGGAUAUCCAUCGACGAGGCGGUGAAUCUGGUGAAGCGACGCACGAGUCUGAAGCACGUGAGGUUAGCGCGCGCACGCAGUGCAGACGGUUACGUGAAAACUGUUGCGCUCUGUGCCGGCUCGGGCGCGUCGGUAUUGAAAGGAAUAUCCGCCGACUUGUAUCUCACCGGGGAGAUGUUGCACCAUGACGUGCUGGACGCCGUGCAUCGCGGCGCUCACGUAAUAUUGACGAAUCACUCCGACUCGGAGCGAGGUUUCCUCGAGGUAUUUGCGUCGAUAUUGGACCGCAGUUUACAGAGCUCCGUCAGAGUGCGCGUGUCCAAGGCCGACCGGGAUCCUUUGCAGACCGUGUGAGAAGAUGCGCGUGCACGACGGAAGCGUGGGGUUAUGGAAACACACUUUACACAACAUGCAUGUCCAGGACGACGUACCCGAGAUGACGUUCUCGACGUUUUUCGAGGAACGCGAGGAACGUUGUACAGGCAAAAUACAAGUGGUACCUCAUAUGAAAAAAAUCUUUUAUUAUUAAUAUUAUAAAUUAUCUCGUUUGGUAUCUUUUUGGUAUUCAACUAGGUGGAGAGUGAACCGUGUAUUAUCAAGCACAUUUACGAAUAAACGUAUCGGGUUGCAACUGA